AUGACUUCAACCGGCUGGGCGGUAGUACGCUCUGACAGGGCGUUCACCUUCGAGUCCCCGUUUCCUGGUCAUCAAGGAUUCAUCUUCAUUCAUCACCGCUGGGACCAGAUUAAUAAUCAGCACGGCACCGAAGCUCAUUUCAACAAAUCCUCACCUCCUCACUACCCUGAUAUAAUCAAGAAAAUCAGCGAAGAAAGAGUAGGAGAUAACAGUCUCCAAGAUGCACCCCGCAUCUAUCGGCCUACCGAGGUUGCUUCGAGUGAUAUCACGGUUCUAAUCGAACAAGAGCGGUGCGGAGACACUAACAAUAUGCCUUGGAACCGUUCGAAGGCAUUUAAAACAGCUUCGCCUGAUAUAACUCUGAAACUCUCUUCUGAACCGGCACGAAAGUGA